AUGUCAGACGGCAUCGACGACACUCCUACCAACCUUGUCCGCCCCAAGACCGACGCUACGCUCACCAUCCGUGUGAUCAAGUCCUUCGAGUACCGAACCGAGCGCAGUCUCGUUCUCCACCAUGUAAACCUUGAGGACACCACCGUCGGUCAGCUCAAGGAACGAGCACGUCAAGCGAUCCAGACCCAGCCAGGAUGGAAGCCGUAUCGUAAUACAAUCCUUGAUACGCUCAAGCUGUACACGAAGGCGCAUGGAGCUAAGACCACGAACCUGAUUAUCAACCUGGACCACGACGAGUGGAUAUUUGAAGACGACUCGAAGACCCUUGCUGACCUGGGUCUUGAGAAUGAGUCGGAAGUCAGCUUCUUCAAUCGACAGACAUACGAGGAAUUCAAGCAGCACCCUGACACCAAGUGGGAAAGCUGAUAGGUGGUUUUUGCGAGGCAGACCGGGGUCUGCGUUCGGCUACCCGUGCAGUCUCGGACUGUCAUCAAUGAGGUCGUCACUCUUUACUCUCGUGCUUGCAGCAAACUGUACGAUAGCCCCUUGUAGUUUGUGUACGAACGAACGUCUUGUUCAAGUUUCGUCGUAAGCCG